GUUUACUUAUUUUCUAGCGGCAGCUUCGUCAUCGCACGGUAAGUGUGAUCCUCGAUCAUCCGGCACUUGGGUUAGAUAUAGUAAGGAUCAAAUAGAGGUUGAGGAUCAGACAUCAGAGCCUCACGUGCUGCCCCAAAAUUAUGUGGUUGCGACUGUUCGGUCGUUCUUUCUUGGCCGUGCUCCUUGUUUCGGAUGAGCGACACCUGGUCAGAAGUGUACUGGCGCAGAACCACUUAGACCAGCAGGAAGAGCCAGGUCGUGUCCUUCCGGUGGAGGAAGUAGCCGGCGUUGCGGAGGUACAACUACAUGAUGACGACCCCAGUCACGGCUCCGCUGCCGUGGUAUCGGACGAAGGGCUCGUAGACGUCGUUCCUGGUGUCGCCUCCCCGGACGAGCAUGGUGAACCGCCACUUCCCGAUGAACACCAGGCCGAAGCAGGCGAGCACGAAGAUGAGACCAGGACGUCGAUACAGCUCAGUCGGAUGCCCUUCGACCCUUCCGUGCCCGAUUUUGCGGCGGGGAGCGAGAGCAGUUACAAGGGAGACGAGGAGUACAUGCGCGUGUGCAUGUGGACGUUUCGGCAGUUGGCCGAAGUGUGCGCGCCCGACUCGCCCGAGGGCGACUGCGAGAUCGGCUCCAUCAUGGCGCACUCGCUGCAGGACCAGCUGCGGAAAUUCUACCGGCACGGUCCCUACGACAGCGCCCUCAGUGAGGACGAAGCGAACGCGCUGUCGGAUUUUGCAGCAGGAGCCAGUGCCACGGCCGCCGGCGCUGUCCUCGCCGGAGAUAAUCAAGGUGAUGAACAAGAAGAAGAUGCAACAGAGUCUGGUGCUCCCAAAGUUGUAGGCAGCAGUUCUUUAUCAGGUGAAACCCCAUCAUCUACUGUUGACGAGAGCGUUGAAAAUAAUGAGUUAGCGACCAAGAGAAAUAGAAUAUCCGCGAUCGUGAGCAAGCUCCAGUCGCAUCACAGCCGGGAGUGGAACUCCGGUAAGCAAAGCGCCCGACUCACCCUUCCCACCACGCCUCCGCUAGAAAGCUGCGGUUGGAUAGUGCUGGGAACGGACCGCAAGCAACGGGAAUCCGAGGAAGACAGCUGCCCGGGAUUGACGAUCAGCUGCCUGCUGCUGAUGGCCGAGGCAUUCCUGCUGAAUUCCCCGGACCAUUUCAGUGUACUGUUUGCGAGCGAGGCGGAGGACAUCCUUGCGCGGUUACGGAACCCCCCGGCACCAACUCAGCAGCAGCUGCCAGGAGGCACACUGGCGGAUCCACCUACCGUAGUAGAAGGGGGAGAGCAUGAGCACCAACACCAACAGCAAGAAGUAGAUUCGUCGAAGGAGGAGACCACACCAGCCACAAAUUCUCCUGCGCCCGGCGUGCUGCAAGAGAUUUCGGUGCCGGCAGUGUCCAAUCGCGAAGAGUACAUGGCCACGAACAUCAUGUGGCCUGUCACGCAGGCGUUCACAUCAUACGGCCUCGAGUACGCUCACAUAACGAACCUGCAAGAGCAGCGACUUCUGAAAGAACAGGAGGACCCGGACAGCGUUCUUUCGCUGGACGUCGUGAUCGCACGGUGCGACAGUCCCAUGAUGUGGCUCUGGGAGUUUGCCUUUCCGAAGAAAACGCGGUUUUUCAUCUACGAGAAGUGUCGACACCGCAUGCGGGCAAAGGGCGAGGACCCCGACCAGAUUCUGCAAGACCAAAUUGAGGGGCUCGAGGACCACAUUCAGAUUUUCAUCCGCGAGCUCCCGGAGCGCGACCCGCGGUUCAUGUCGGGGGAGUGCACCGCGUACUUGGCUUACAUUCUCGAAUUCGGCUUCCUAGCGCCGGCACAGCAGCAGCAGGGGGAGAAAGCCACACGAUCAACAAGCGGAAUCGCGGACUUUGUCGCUUUCAUCCACGACGACGGCCCCCGGCACUUCAAGUCCGCGUUUUUCAACGUGGUGCUACAGUCCGUGGAAAAGCGCACGUACGACGUUCCCUUUCUGCACCUGACGCACGAGCGGUACGCCGCACUGGUGACACCCUGCUUUGAGCGCGUGUUCCAAAUGAUUUUUGGCCACCCGCUGCUGGCCCCGGUGACUUCCUACUGCUGCAGCAACUUCGUCGUGUCGCGGGCGCGGAUCCUGGCCCGCGACCGGGACUUCUACGCCCACCUCGCGGACCUCAUCUUUCACGGCCGCUACACGCGGCUGGCGGCGGAAAUCGCCAGAAACGAUAGUACUACUGCGCUGGCGGAGCGGGAUCAACAAGUAGACCCCGAAGAUGUGGCGCUAAUGGAGGAGUUCGCGGUGUGCAACGUGGGCCACAAGCCGUGCUACGUGAUGGAAUUUUUGUGGCACGUGGUGUUCGGGGAACCCCUCGAAUUGCCGUACCGCGAGGAGGACGCGCGACUGCCGCUCGCCCUGCGCUACGGCGGCGGCCGCGAUACGCUGCUGCCUUCCGCCUUAAAACUGUCCCCCUACACGAUGGCGAGUAUGCACUGCAAAAGUAUCGAAAUUUGUAUAUCUAGACGGUGCAUUUGUCAUGCAGUAUGAUCACACUUAGUGAAGUGAUCUUAGUGUUAGUUAUACGAUUGCGAUACUGUUGCAGUGGAUAGCAAUCACGCCGAAGCGAUUCACCAACAAGCUGAGGCGGGUUCGCGCACGGUGAAAAAGUGACACAUGAUCUGACAAGAAAAGGCGAUGACUCCUUUCAUCUCAGGCUUAGAGAAGCCACGACACAUAAUGAUACGAGAUAAGUCUAACACUACUACCAAUUCAACCUCAGUGAAACAAGUAGAAGCCACUGAACAUGCGACACAUCAAAAAUCUCUAUGUUGUUGCUCACUCUACCUAUACGGGCAGUAAUCGAUCAGGCAGUUGAAAAAAUGUUGCGCACCGCGUCCUAGCGCUGCUUGUACCUCAAGGAAGUAGGCUCAUCAAAUCUUUCUUUUCGGAGACAGAAGCCGUCGCGAUUCAGCGCUUGCUGCAU